AUGGCCUACCUCGCCCGCACUCUCCCAAAAAGGGUCAUAACCCCCUCCCUAACCCAAUCCAUCCGCCAAACCCGAGCACUAAGCACACCAACCCUCCAAUCCACACCAACAACCCGCACACCCCGAACAAACCAAAGACACCUCCUCCCCCACCGAACCUACCACUCAGCCCUACACGCCCGGCUCCCAGACCACUCCUACACAAACUCCCAAACCGCAAUCCUCACCUCCGCACUCGCGCACGUGCCCACACACGGCUUCUCCGCCACAGCCCUAACCCUCGGCGCGCGUGACGCCGGCUUCCUCGACGUCUCGGUGCAACUCCUCCCGCGCGGCGAAUUCGACCUCAUCCUCUUCUGGCUUGCUAGUCGACGGGGUCUGUUGCGCGGGAAGGUCGAGGAGGGCGGAUUAUUCCGGCGCAUUGCGGCGGAGAAGGGGAAGGAUGUUCAUGAGCUUGGUGUUGAGGAGAGGGUUAGGGGAUUGCUUUUGGAGAGGUUGAGGAUGAAUGCCGAGGUUAAGGAUGUUUGGCAGGAUGCUCUUGCGCAAAUGUCGCUUCUUGCUAAUAUCCCCCUCUCUCUUACGGAGCUGCAUGCCCUCGCUUCGGAUAUUCUUACACUCUCUGGUGAUGACUCCGUUGAUGCGACUUGGUACACGCGCCGUCUUGCGGUGUCGGCUAUAUAUGCCAGUGCUGAGGUUGUUAUGACGCGUGACCCGACGCCAGAUCUUGUGGAGACGGCUGCGUUUGUGGAGCGUCGGUUUGAGGAUCGGAAGGCGCUUGCUGAUAAGAUUACUGGGAUUGGACAGUAUGCUGGGUUUGGGUGGAAUACUGCUAUUGGGCUGGGGCGAAGCUGGGGGUUGAAGAUUUGA